AAACUACUACACCACAAAGUUGGCCCCUCAUGGCUAAAUGAUAAUUCAUUUGGCUUUUAUUUCAGCUGACAUUUCCCCACCUCACGCUACAUGCAAUCGUAUAAAAUUAUUAAUAACCAGCACGUCGAAAGAGGCAAUUAGCCGCGGACAUAACUAACCGAAAUGCCCAACAAGGGGCCCGCCAUGGCCAGCAAUUCCACAGAAUCCUCGAUGUCAAGCUUCGAUCUAGUCUCUACAGACAGGCCAUUAGACAACGUCCUAAAUUUUAGAGAUGUGGGGAGGUCUAUAAACGAGCUCUCUGGUUCGAAAAUUCUCAAAGAAGGCCUCCUUUUUCGCAGUGCUAGGCCUGAUGAUGCGUCCGAGCGAGACAAGCAGCGAUUGGUAGAUGAUAUUGGAGUUGCAACCAUUCUCGAUCUGCGUUCGAGCACUGAACGUGUACUCGCUGCAAAUCGAAGGCGAAAUGAAUUGUCAUCCGAAAAUCCCAACGAGACUCCUGUCACCGCAGCUGCCGAUGAUGAACAUUUACUGCGUAUACCUGAAGUUCAACGACAUUUGAUAAGUUUAACAGGUCGCUCUUUUGAACGCAUGCUUCUCUGGCGCUUAGAUUGGUAUAAUUUCAUCAUGGCACUGGGCCUCGUUGCAUCGGGGUAUCGCCAUGACGCAGCGCGAAUUGUUGCCACAAACGUGAUGAAACCACGUGGACUCAUCGGGUUAGCACAAGACAUACUGGACUGUUCUGGCGCUGAGAUGUGUUCCAUAUUCAACAUCCUGGCCGAUGACAACUCAUAUCCGUUGAUAAUCCACUGUACACAAGGCAAGGAUCGCACUGGUCUAGUCGUCCUGCUGCUGCUACUUCUCCUAGCAGACGUAGUCCCACUCAAGGCGAUCAAUUCUGACUAUAUCAAGUCCGAGUCCGAACUUGAGCCGGAGUUGGAGUAUCUGAUGAAAGAAAUUACGGAUAUUGGCUUAGAUGAGGAUUAUGCCAAGUGUCCGUCUGAUUUUACAGAUGCUGUGAAGUCGUUUCUGGAGUCAAAGUAUAGUGGAGUCGAGGAAUAUCUUGUCUCGAUUGGAGUGAGUAAGGGAAAUAUAGACAAGAUUCGUCAAAGGUUACUGCUAGUUUGAGAGCCAUAUUUGUGCAUGAACCUAGAGUUUCAUGGCGCUCAACCAAACCACCACAGCAUUCUGUGAACUCGAAUUUUUAAUUUUCUAGGAGCUAUUAUUGGUC